UCUCCUUAAAACAACUUGCAAUGGCCACUAAACUCUCUCAUCUUUACGCAUCCAUCCUCCUCCUUGUUUUUGUUCACCCUUUCACAGCUCAAUCCAGGACUUUGAAGUCCAAUACUUUUGAGUUCCUUCAAAACCUGGAGGGAUGCCAGAAGGGGCAAAAUGUUAAAGGGCUCAAGGAGCUCAAACACCACCUCAAAAAUAUUGGAUACUAUCCAAAAGAUCAUCAGCAUGAUAUGAAGCUUAGCGAUGACUUUGAUGAGAUCUUCGAAUCUGCGCUCAAAACCUACCAAAAGAAUUACCGUCUCAAGGUUAGUGGGAGUCUUGAUUCUGAUACUAUAAAAGAACUUAUGAUUCCUCGAUGUGGAGUUCCUGAUCCCAUCAACCACGAUACAUCAAAACAAGCAGGCAGAACUGAACACGACAAGAAGCCCAGCAAGUUCCACACGGUUUCUCACUACAGCUUCUUUGAUGGAACGCCGAGGUGGCCAUCUUCCAAAUUUCAUCUCACUUACACUUUCAGCUCAAGUGUCCAAGUAAUUGACAUGCAGGAACUGAGGUCUGCAUGCUCACGAGCAUUCCAAAAGUGGGCAGACGUAACCCAGUUUACAUUCCAGGAAGUUUCUGAAGGAUCCCAGGCAGAUAUUGUAAUCGGAUUUUGUAAAUUGAAAAGAGAGAAUAGAAUUUGCUGGAAUGAAUACUUUUAUUGA